AUGGAAGCUAUAUUGGACUUCUCGACUGAUCUAGACAUUGCGUUGUUUGAUCAAACCGUUGAUGCUUUUUACAAAGGUUCCGGUGAGAAUCAAAGACAAGCACAAUCGGUGUUGAAUAGAUUUCAAGAACACCCCGAAUCUUGGAAGUUUGUUGAUAAUAUUUUAUCUAAUUCUUCUAACCCACAAUCAAAGUACAUUGCAUUGUCAUGUUUAAAUAAAUUGAUUCAAUACAGGUGGAAAAUGAUCCCAGAAGAAGAAAGAAUAGGGAUAAGAAACUUUAUAGUCAAUAUGAUUAUCUCGUUGUGUAACGACGAAACUGAGUUUGAGACACAACGUGCCUUGAUUAAUAAGAUUGAUUUGACUUUGGUUUCCAUUUUGAAACAAGAAUGGCCUCAUAAUUGGCCAGAGUUUGUCCCUGAAAUAGUUGCUAGCUCCAGAUCUUCAUUCAAUGUAUGCGAGAACAACAUGAUUGUUCUUAAGUUGUUGAGUGAAGAAGUGUUUGAUUACAGUCAAGACCAAUUGACUCAAGCUAAAGCACAACAAUUGAGAAUAAGUAUGAAGAAUGAAUUUGAAAAGAUUUUCAAAUUGUGUUAUGAAGUUUUGGAUAAAACAAACAAGUCAUCUUUGGUUAUUGCUACCUUAAAUGCUUUAUUGAAAUAUAUUCAAUGGAUUCCAUCAAACUAUAUUUACCAAACUGACUUGUUGGAUAUAUUAUCUACCAAGUUUUUGGCACCAGUCGAUACCAGAGCAAUUUCUUUGAAAUGUUUGACAGAAAUUAGCACUUUACCCGACGAAAACGCUAAAACGUUGCUCUUUUUCAAAAACACAAUGGAACAGUUCUACAACAUUGUACCUAUUACAACUAACUUGAAAGAAAGCUACAAAGUUGCUUCAUCGGCGGAUCAAUCAUUUUUGCAAGACAUGGCCAUGUUCUUGUGCACAUAUUUGGGAAACCAUUUAUCAGUUUUGGAGCAACAUUCAGAGGCUAAAGAACUACUUCAAAACGCGUUAGUAUACUUGUUACAGUUGUCAAGAAUCGAAGAACGUGAGUUAUUCAAAACUUGUUUGGAUUUUUGGCAAACCUUUGUCCACCAAUUGUUUGUUGAGACGAGAAAUUUGCCAAGUAAUGAAUUAAGUCCGAUGAUGCAAUUGACAUAUGGCAGCACUAUCAAAGCUGGCUCCUCGGGUGGUGCCCCUGAUCCUGCUGUUUUGUCCAAAUUCCCAUUAAGACAACACCAAUAUAAAGAGGUCUUGUCCAAAUUAAGAUUGGUGAUUAUUGAAAACAUGGCUAGACCGGAAGAAGUUUUGGUGGUGGAAAACGAUGAAGGGGAAAUUGUUCGUGAAUUUGUAAAAGAGAGUGACACCAUUCAAUUGUAUAAAUCAAUGAGGGAAGUUUUGGUGUAUUUGACUCAUUUGAACGUCCUUGACACAGAGCAAAUCAUGAUUGAGAAACUUUCUAGACAACUCGAUGAAAGUGAAUGGUCAUGGCAAAAUAUAAACACCUUGUGUUGGGCUAUUGGGUCCAUCUCCGGAGCAAUGAAUGAAGACAUGGAAAAGAGAUUUUUGGUCAAUGUAAUCAAAGACUUGUUGUCUUUGACCGAGAUGAAAAGAGGUAAGGAUAACAAGGCAGUUGUUGCGUCGAACAUCAUGUACAUUGUUGGUCAGUAUCCAAGAUUCUUGAAAGCUCACUGGAAGUUCUUGAAAACAGUGGUGAAUAAGCUAUUCGAAUUCAUGCACGAAACACACGAAGGUGUGCAGGAUAUGGCAUGUGAUACUUUCAUCAAAAUCACCAACAAAUGUAAGCGUCAUUUUGUCGUUGUGCAGCAAAAUGAAAGGGAGCCAUUUAUCAAUGAAAUAAUCAGGGAAAUCCAAUCAAUUACUGAAGACUUACAGCCACAACAAGUCCACACAUUUUACGAAGCAUGCGGUAUAAUAGUUAGUGCACAAACCAACAAAGAUGCGAGAGACAAAUUGUUGAGUGAGUUGAUGGCAUUGCCGAACAUGGCAUGGUCUUCCAUCAUACAACAAGCAGGUCAAGAUCCUACGUUGUUGACCAACACCGAAACGGUUAAAAUCAUUGCAAACAUUAUCAAAACCAACGUUGCUGUUUGUAAAGCUCUAGGUCCAGGAUUCUACUCACAAUUGGGAGGCUUGUAUGUUGAUAUGUUGUCAUUGUACAAGGCAGUUUCAUCAAUGAUAUCAGACGCAGUGGCCAAGGAUGGAAUUAUUGCCACAAAAACACCAAAGGUGAGGGGGUUGAGAACGAUCAAGAAGGAAAUAUUGAAAAUGAUUGAGACCUAUAUAAACCAAGCAGAGAAUUUGGAGGAGAUUGUCAGAGAUUUGGCCUCACCAUUGUUUGGUGCUGUUCUAGAAGAUUAUAGCUCGAAUGUUCCAGAUGCUAGGGAUGCUGAAGUUUUGAGAUGUAUGACCGCAUUGGUUGCUAAGGUGGGCCACUUGAUACCCGAUGGUGUUGUUUUGAUUUUGCAAAAUGUUUUUGAAUGUACCUUGGACAUGAUUAAGAAUGACUUUGUUGAGUACCCAGAACAUAGAAUUGAAUUUUAUAAGCUUUUGAAAGAAAUCAAUGCUAAAUCGUUCCAGGGAUUGUUGCAAUUAUCAGGCGAAGCAUUCCAAUCGUUAAUCAAUGCGGCACUUUGGGCCUUCAAACAUAAUAAUAGAGAUGUUGAGGAUAAUGGGUUGUCAUUAACUUUGAACUUGAUUGAAAAUGUCGAGCACUUGGGUGAUACUCCAUUCACCAAAGCAUUCUAUGAAAACUUUUAUUUCCAAAUUUUAUCCGAUACAUUCUAUGUGUUUACCCAGCCGGAUCAUAAAGCUGGGUUCAGGUAUCAAUCUCAGUUGCUAGCCCAACUAAUUCAUUUGGUUGAAGACAAUGUCAUCAAGUAUCCCCUUUACACUCCCGACCAGGCACCAGAAGGAACAACAAACUCUGAUUUCUUGAAGCAAUACCUUUCACAAUUGUUAUCUUCGGCAUUUGAAAACUUGCAACCUGAACAACUCGCAAACUUUUUGAAAGUUAUUACUUCGGUGUAUGAUGACUUGUUUAAAUUCAAGGCCACUUUAAGAGAUUUCCUUGUUCAAUUGAAACAAUUUGGUGGAGAUCCUACUGAUUACUUGUUUGCAGAAGAUAAAGAAUUGGAAAAAAUUGAGACUGAUAGGAAGCAAAGAGAGAAGGACUUACAAGUUGGGGGAUUAAUUAGGCCAUCUGAAUUGGAUGAUGAUUAG